UGUCUGGCUUUCCCAGGGAGAGGAGGUGUUCGCUGCGUCUCCGGGGCCGUCACUGAAUUUGGUAUAGCCACUUGUCGGUCUUCGCGAAGGGGGGUGGGCGCCCGAAGGAAUUUGUACGUCUUCUGACUGAGGCAUAAACAAGGCAGACGUCACGGAUACGACGCCUGAAGGUCGGGCUGGCUGGGUUUGGACGAGAGCUUCCUGUGAAUUGACGAAAUGACAAUUCUAUCUUGACAUUCGGAGGAGAUUGCGUCAUUACUGGUUUUCGAAGAUCAGCUAACUCGUCCUACUAAGAUUUCAUAAGUAGCUUCUUUCAUGACUGUUAAAAUGUGGCUGGCUAAUGUUAACAAACUGCCUCAUCUCGGGUUGUUAAACUGUGAGUUUUUAACACCAACAUUGAAGAUGAUUGACAUAAAUUAACAAUUGUGAAGGGAAUGAUAUAGCAAUAACACCAACGGGAAUCUAAUGGAAAUUUAAUUUUGUUUAACCUAAUAAGGCUAGAAUGUAAACAAUUAUUGGAAUAAACAUUUACAAACAAUUGCAAACAACAGCAUUUAAAAUCUAAUUCGAAUUUCAUUCAACAAAAAACUUGACCAUUGAGUAAUUUUUAAAAAUUGGGUUAAUAAAAAAAAUAUCUAAUUGUUUUGAGCACUCGAAAUUAUCUAUGACCUCCCUGAAGGAGUUGAAGAUAAUCCCAAUGUAAUUAUGAUGAGCAAGUCGCAAUAUAAUCAGUGACCAAUUCCACUGAAAUUACAUUCACACCCGAGGCAAUCAUGUACUGCAAACCGUCUCAUUCAAACCAUACAAUGAAAAACAUUGAAGAAGGAAAAUGAGUUCACGAUCAUACAUAGUGCAACUUAGUGAAUGAAUCUGUGUAUGUUAUACACUGAAUCGUUUCUCUGAAUGAUACCGAAGGGAAAGAUGAAACUCGCAAGAAUAAUAUUGCUGAUACUCCUACGCUGUUUGCCAGACGGAAUCAGAAUCACGAGUCUGGAAAUCCCAGAGACGGUGGACAAAGGGGAGGACGCCACAUUGAAAUGUUGCUACGACCUGGCAUUGCACACACUCUAUUCUGUCAAGUGGUAUAGAAACGACGAGGAAUUCUUCAGGUACAUGCCGUCUGAAAACCCUCCCAUGGACAUUCUAGAGAUCACUGGAGUGACAGUUAGUGAAGAGCAGUCGACGGGAGAAGUGGUCGUCCUGAAGAACGUCGAAUUGAACACCAGCGGGAGGUACAAAUGCGAGGUCAUCUCGGAUGCCCCAGAAUUCCACACAGCUGACAAGAGCGCGGGAAUGAUGGUCGUAGUGGUACCUGAGGAGAAGCCCCUUAUUCACGGGACCCAGCACGAGUACCAUAUAGGUGACCUGGCGAAGCUGACCUGUACCUCGGCCAGGUCACUUCCUCCGGCCCAGCUGACCUGGCAGAUUAAUGGGCAACAGGCCCCUCCAGAAUACCUGCUGAGCCUCCCAACAGUUUCCUUCCCCGACGGCCUCGCGCAGACCAAACUCCAGCUAAAGUUCCUGGUGACGAGGUCACACUUCAAGCACGGCGAGAUGACCCUCCGAUGCUCCGCUAGGAUCUCGACCUUGUACUACAAGACGCAGCAACACAGUGUUGAUGGGCAGUUCACCUACAACGUCCCCGUCAUGGAAUCCAGGGACAUCUCGGCGCUUUCCAGUGACAAAGGAAUGCCUCCAUCCUCAGGCCAGUUACCUCAACCCCACCUCGUGACUCUCCUCCUCUCACUCACGAUCACGGCCAUCGUGAGUCAAAGGGUGACUCAUUUCUCGAGUCAGAGCUGACUCGGUUUGGAGGUCGUCCUCGAGUGAGUCGAGUGGGACUUCGAGUGUUUGAUGUCGUCUACUGGACGUGUCGUGGGGUUUUGAUGUGGUGGAGUUUUUGGAGUGGUGAAUGUACAGGGAGGAUUUACAGAACUGAUAAAUGAUGCUAAUAUUAUUUACAGAAGAAUCAAUUCAUUGUACAGAAAAGGUUUACAGAAGAAUCAAUUGAUUAUACAUACAGAUUUUACAGAAAAUCAAUUAAUAAUACAGAAAAGGUUUACAGAAGAAUCAAUUAAUUAUACAGAAAAGGUUUACAGAGGAAUUAAAUAAUUAUACAGAAAAUAUUUACAGAAGAUUCAAUUAGUUAUACAGAAAGCUUUUACAGAAGAAUCAAUUAAUUAUACAGACAGAUUUUACAGAAGAAUCAAUUGAUUAUACAGACAGAAGUUACAGAAAGAACAAUUUAUUAUACAGAAGAAUCAAUUAAUUAUGCACAUAUUUGACAGAAGAACCAAUUAGUUAUUCAGACAUUUUACAGAGCAAUCCAUUAAUGAUAGGGACAGAAUUUACAGAAGAAUCAAUUUUUUAUACAAGAAAAGGUUUACAAAAAUAAACAAACUUUAAAGGAAUGUGAACUAAUUAAAGUGAAACUUUACAAAUAGAAACUUCAUGAAAGAAGAAACAGAAAAUGUGAAAUAAAAACAGAAAUUUAAAAUAGAAAUAAAGAAGAAAAUAAAACGGAAACUAAUAGAGAGAAUGAACAGUGCAUUGAGAAACUAAAGAAUUGGAAUGAAAUAAUUAUAAAAAAAUGAAAAUAGGAAAUUUCUGAAAGAAACAAUACAGAAAUGCAAAUAGAAACUCGUGAUAUAGUAAGUGUUGAAGUCAGACUAAUUCCUAGUGUUGAAAUGCAUAGGAGAUCAAGUGAACUUGUUUUUGCGAUUAAGGUCUAUAUUGAGAAACGAAUGAAUUCCAAGCUAUCAAACACAGAAAGUGAAUACAGGUUGUGUAGAAGUGUUCUAACUCUACAAAAGAAAGAUUAUAUAACGAACGAAAAACAAUAACAAAUGAUUUCUCAAACUUGACAGAGGAUCAUGAACGAAUACCAAAGAGAAUGAACACUAUUUUUUGAAAAAAAAAAAACUUCCUAUGUUAAUUCCCUUGUUCCACUUUCUUCGUGUACCUAUCAGAAUGUUGUGUAUUUUAAACUCACGUGUACAUACAUACACACUCCAUUUUAUCUGCCCUUUUCAGCUGGGCGAAUUAAGUGGAAAGUAAUAAUGUGAAUUAAAUCAUCAUUGAGGAAUUGUUACAAAUACUCAUAUUCUUCAAAUACAGAACCGGUUUUUUUGUGAGUCUAGAUAUGAAUAAUUAAAAAGGAAAAAGCAUGAGAUAUGAUUAUUUAUUUGUAGAUGAGUUAUGAUUAUUAUUCUUUGUAUUAUAUCUGAAGAUCAUUAAUAUAAAUCCUCAUUCUUCAAUUUAUUUAAAUACCAAAUUACAAAGACAUUUAUUUUUACUUUUCCAUUUUUUUCUUUUAAUGUUAUUAAUUCAUUCUUCCAACCUCUAAUUGACAAAUUAUCUGGUUUUUAAUAACUUUUAAAUUAUCUUGAUUCUUAUUAAUUACAUCAUCGUAAGAAAAUUCCUAUAUAAUAUUACUUACCGACGAAUUUAAAUUACUUUCUUAUGAUACCACAGGCAUGACAAGAUCUACGAGGAUGAAGCUGAGAGGUUAACAUUUACAUAAAUACAUUUACAAGUCAGGUUUGGAUCUGAUUGUAAUUUAAUA